GCCACCAGUAUCGUUCGAGCAACAGCCCACCAAACUUCCAAAACAACCUUAAUCAGGGCGGUAUGGGCGGUGUAGGCGCAAUGAGCUCGAGCUCUGGCAUGCAAGGAAUGACACAAUCCGCUUCCGCGCUCGACACUCCAGCUCUCACCCCAGCAUCCGUCUCGUCGUACAACAGCUCAAGUCACUCUCCGAUGAGCAGUCACAGCCGAGCCAGCUUUGGUAGCGCCCACAUGUACCCAAGCCUCCCGGCUGUCACUGGCAUGUCUGACCUCGGCGCUGGCUACCCAACCACGACCUCAGCUCCUGCAUCUGGUCUCGCAUCCGGCUUCGAAGGUCUUGACGGCAGACGCUACAGCGGAGGUCGCCUGCAAAGACAAGCUCCUUCAGCCUCUUCCGAGCAGCAGGACACUGAGAUGGGCGACGCUGAAGACGGCAGCCGCACACCCAAGGCAUCCGACGCCAAGCGACCGAAGAGCAAGGGGAACAGUAGCAUUGACCCUGCUCUUCGUGGCGAAAAUGAAGGCUCGGACUCUGCAUCGACCCCUGCUGCUCAGUCAGAGGGUGCAGAGGAUAAGCAACAGGAGCAGUGGGUGGAGAACAUCCGUCUGAUCGAAGCUCUCCGCAAGUGGGUCGGCGAGCGUCUGAAGAAUGGCGAGUACGACAACGCUGAGGCCAGCAAGUCGGAUGAUGCUAAAGAUGGUGCCGAUGUUGAGAUGAAGAACCCCGUCGACCCUUCUAAUGCUGUUGAAGAGAAGCUGAAGUCAGCACUUGAAGGCGAGAAGGAGAAGGCGUCCGCCUCUGGAGAUGCCAAGUAUCCCAGCCUCCCGAUAGCGGCUUAGAAGCUCAUGGGCUGGUCAGUCCUCCCUGCCUCCUACCCCAAUGAGGAUGCAUGACGAAGUUGACGGGUGUUCUGGCGUUUAUGGAAGGCAUGCGAGCGGUAAACGCCCUGCUGUGUGGAGCUGGAAAGAUGAUGGCAGUCAUCGAUUUUCAUGUUUAUGAGAGCGUGCCUUGGAGCACAGGAGUUUCGGUACCCAACAUGUUGCAUUAGAUAUUCUUCCAACACUUCUGGUUUCAAACCGAGACGAGACAGCC